GUUGCCUUCAUUAGCGUAGCUCUUCGCUGAUAACAAAAAAAAGGUCCGCUUUCGCCGCGCAUGAAACGUCAAACUUCGGCUUCAUUGAAGACCGCCUUGUAGGAGCCCGCCAUGGCAGACACCCCGCGACCAGCUGAUCUGCCCGAGGGCAUCUUUAGUAUCCUAGACACGGAUCUAUACAAGUUGACCAUGCAAUGUUGUGUCCUUAAAUACUUCCCGGACGUUCAAGUAACGUACAGCUUUACCAAUAGGACGCCGGACAUGAAGUUCAGCCGCGCGUCGGUGAAGUGGUUGUGGGCGCAGAUCGAGAAACUGGAGAACGUGGCUCUCACGCAAGAUGAGCUCGCGUACCUGAGAAGCACGUGCAAAUACUUGUCAGAGACGUACCUUGACUUCCUGUCGGGCUUUCGACAGCGACCCAGGGAGCAGAUCCACCUGACCUUUAAAGCCGACAAGGACACGGGCAGCGAGGACGACUUAGGCGCCAUCGAAUUGUACACAACCGGUACGUGGCUUGAGACCAUAUUGUACGAGAUCCCCUUGCUUGCUCUGAUAAGCGAAACGUAUUUCAAAUUUAUGGACCGAGAAUGGAGUUACAUGCACCAGGUCGAGCGGGCAAGAGACAAGGGCAUCAAGCUUUUCAAAGAGGGCUGUAUCGUCUCAGAGUUUGGGACCAGGAGAAGGAGAGACUACCACACACAUGAUCUUGUGCUGCAAGGUCUGCGCCAAGCCGCCGACGAUGGCGUGCACAACGGAUGGCCGGGAAAGCUUGCAGGGACGAGCAACGUGCACUUCGCCAUGAAGCAUGGCAUACCCCCUAUAGGAACCGUGGCCCACGAAUGGUUCAUGGGCGUGGCAGCCAUCACCAACGACUACGAGAACGCGAACGAGCUUGCCAUGAAGUAUUGGAUCGGCACCUUCGGAGAGGGCGUGCUAGGCAUCGCGUUGACGGACACGUUUGGCACCGAAAGUUUCGUGAAAGCAUUCGCGAAGCCGAUCUCAGACAUUCCCGGUGAUUCCGCGGCCGCGAGUGGUGCCGCUGGCGCUGUCGGUCGUGCCUCGAGGACAUACGCGGAGGUCUUCACCGGCACGAGACAGGACUCCGGCGACCCGGAGACGUUCAUCGAGUUCAUGGCGGAGUUUUACAAGCAACAGGGGAUUACGGAAAGGAAGGCCAUGGUGUUCUCGGACUCCUUGAACAUCGAGAAGUGCCUACAGUACAAGAAAGCGGCCGAGGCCGCAGGCUUCGCACCUAGCUUUGGCAUUGGAACCUUUCUGACCAAUGACUUCGUGAACAUCAAGACGGGACGGAAGUCCGUGCCGUUGAACAUCGUGAUCAAGCUCGCGUCUUGCAAUGGCAGACAGGCCGUCAAAAUCAGCGACAACAUCGGCAAGAACACUGGCGACAAGGCGACAGUUGAGGAGGUCAAGCAAAGGCUGGGGUACAGGGAGAAGGAGUGGAAAGAAGGUGACGAAACUCGUCGCUGGAAUUAGUCUAGCGAAACGGGCUUUUUCUCUCUUGGUACGACCAUUUUUUUUCAAGCGCUGGUUUACGCCUUGCGAUGGGAAGGUGAUGUUCACGGUUGUAGGAAACUUAAAAAGCAAAUGAUACCCAAAGAAGUUACGAAAUCACGAGUACGUGUAGAAGAUCAUUAGACAAGCAAAACUCCCUAGUAGAUGAAUUCCGGGCCGUAGGUUGAAUUCGACAAGUAGAUCGGACGAGCGACUACCGCAUAAUAAUAAUCCGUAAUGCAAG